CCGGACGGAAUAUCAUGAUGAUCGAGUACGUGCUCACUAGCAACAUGUCAACAACUUUUAGCCAUGGUUUACCGUUGGUUGUAAAUGUAGUGGAUAGCGUUUUUUGAAAAAUUACGUGUUUUUCGUCAUGUUUGUCGGGAAGAAAUUAAUGCAUUGUAUGAAUUCAUUUUAAAGUUCAAAACGUUUUUAGUUGUGCUGCUCUCUUUGUGGGAAAUUGUACGUAGUGCUUUUUUUUUAAUAGCUUUUUAACCAUGGCCAAAGCUCAGACUGCCAUAAGUAGCAUCAUGGCCAUGCUCCGGGAAUGGGACAAGGGCUCCACUGCGGUGCGACUCAAGAUCCUGAACGACUUCAUUCAGACCAGUCAGAAUAAAACUGGGCCAGAGCUGGAGGCCGAUUUUGCCCAAGCAGCAAGCUUGUUCCUGGCUCGCCUAACAGCCUGGUUGAGACUCACCUACAUGGUAGGAACAUGUCUUAGCCAACAGCUACAAGCUCUGACGAUAUUUCUCUCUGCGUCAAGUGGACACAAGUUUCUGGCUGAGUUCCUGGAGGUGGGCGGAGUCCUGACAGUGCUGGAGAUACUGGGCCUGAAGCAGGCCAAGGAGGAGGACAAGACGCAGGCCCUGCAUCUUCUCAUGUGCAUCGCCAACGCCGGACGCAAAUACAAGGAGCUCAUCUGUGAGAGUUAUGGCAUCCGAGCAGUAGCGGAAUGCCUGGCCCGCUCCAAGUCGGAGGAGACCCAGGAGUGCGCCCGUCACAUGCUACAGACCCUGGCCCAGGGUAACCCCAAGUUUGAGAUGCAGGUCUACAAGGGACUGAUCGCCCUCCUACCCUCCAGCUCCCCCAAGGCUCAGCAGAUGGCUGCUCAAACGUUACGCAUUGUUCAGAAAAUUGUCCGCCAAGCAAAUCCAAAUGUCGUCGAUCCACUGGUUGAUCUGCUCAAGUCGUACCAUCUCGAGGUUCAAUUCGAAGCAAUUGAACUCAUCAAAGACCUGAUGUCAUAUGACGUUCAGGAGCAGUUGCUGGUCAGCCUGGUGGCUGCCCUUGUCCCCGUUAAGGACAAACACAUGAAGAGACCUGAGAUAUUGGACGACCCAAACGUCCCCGAGCUGAAGCGCCCUCUACCAGUGUACGUCCAGCAGGCUGCGGCCGCCAAGGUCAUCGGCAUGCUGGUGCACGACAUGAGGGAUAUUGCCGAGAAGCUGAUCCAGAAGAGAUGCGUGCAUAAUCUCAUGGUUGCUAUGGGCAACGAAGACCACGCAGACAGCCAGCGGCAAGCCAGCAUCACGCUGGAAUAUUUGGCAAGCACGUUUCCAAUUGUUGAUGAGAAUAUCCGAGAGGCCAUGGGAGACGUACUGUACCAGCUCUUUAUGUCGAACCCUGAGACGCUGUACACGAAUAUGAAUCCCGUCCAGGCAGAUGUCCUCCGCUCCAAUAAGGUCAACAUUCCAGGAAUUGUAGAUGGACUGGAAUGAUGCGUCAGUCUUGUUACACCUGCCUAAGUGCCAUCAUAAACAGCAAGAAGUGGUGCCUCUUUUUCUAUUUAUACAUAUUCGUAAAUAGCAAAUUCCUUGGAAUGAUUUGUCUACAUUUUUAAUGUGGUCAUUAAGUUGUGUACUGUCCUACCCUGGGCCUUAUUUAUUGCUCUUUUACUUCUGAAAAAAAUAUCAAACCGCCAGUCAAAUGUAAAGUGUUCACUCAAAACAAUCACUGGCUGAUUGUUAUCUUACUGUCAAAAUGAAAUUCCACCGUUCGUCUGUAAAUAAAAGCAUCUCAAAGCUUUUUGGCAGUCGUCGACUACAGAGGGAGCUGUUGUUAUUAAAAAGCCACCAUUGUUAUAGGGUUGCAUCCCUGCAGACAGAUGACCUUUAACGCUGUUAAUGAAUGCCACAAUGUCAAAGCGGCUUGGAUAAAUUUGUAUCUCUCUGAUGUUUACAAAAUGUGCGUUUGGCCAUUGAACUGUUUGCUUUUCCUUUUCUUUUCCCUAUUUUUAGGGACUUUGUAAUAUUUACAUUGGUGACUUUUUUCUUUUGAACGUUCUUCCCUCUUAAGUUUCUUCCAGGCGCACAGCCAGGGUUUUAUUUUCCAGUUGCAAAGUUAAUCACUGUCACAUUAUUUAUAAGACCCGGCCAUGAAAACACCGAGGAGAUUUGGGGAUAUUUUUCUGUUCAAAUAUUCAAAACUUUUAUCAUCUAGUCCUGCCGUCCCGAUUUUGCUAUCCAGCGUCCUAGUUGUUUUCUCAAAUUCUCCAUCUCAUUGCAUUCUUCCACUCUGCGGCACCCCCCCCCCGCUGGCUCCGCCUUGCAGUUUCUAGUGAAAUAAAGCUGACAUUUUAGGCUUGUCUUUGUAAAUGUUGGACGUUUACAAGUAUAACAGUGAUGGUAAUUGCUAAGAGUAUCCUCAAUAAAACCCUUAAUUCCAUGAUGUACCCAUGCCAGGGGUGGAUCCAAGGGUGGGGGCGUGGGGGGCACAUGCCCCCCAUUAUAAAGAAAGAGGGAGGAAGAAAAAGAGGUGCCUUACUGCCUAAAAUUGCACCACAGAGGGCCUAGAAUCCCAAAAUGUCUGUACCCCACGCCCUGAGGGUUGUAGUACUAUGUGAUCGCAGGGGCAUUUUACCAUUGCUGCUUUCGUUCACGCCCCCCCCCCUUUGGGAAAAUCUAGGAUCCGCCCCUGCAUGCUCAUAUUUAUGAGGUGCCUCCUUUAUUCUUGGAGUAUCAAGUUGUCAUGCGUUGUACAUAUAUCUUACCAUUGACCAAAGCUUUGCCUCAAAACACAUUGUACAUAAUUUUAUCCAUAACAAACUUUCGUUGUUCGUUUGGAUAUAAGUUAUGAGUCACGUUUGACAAGUUGCGGGAGUUACAUUUUCAGAUCUUGUAUUGUGCUAUUUAUUAAGUAGGCGUUUUUGCUGAUCUCAUGUUUUGUAUGGCAAAUUGCCGCGAUAAAAAAAGAAAUUGGGGCACCUAACAUGAUGCAAGAGUUGUUAUCACACCUUUCUGUUUUGAUACAAAAGUCACAAAGUACAGGAGAAGGAAAUCAACAGGAAUAAAUCAAUAAGAG